AUGGUAAUAGAUGGCUUCAGCUCAAUAAAAAGACGAUGCAUCCUACCCCAACUUGCGAAACCUCCAACUUCUCCUCCUUUCGCCCUAAAAUAUGACCGCAAUGCGUUUGUAUUCAUUUUGAUGGUCCAUCGCAUGCGCCGUACUCCACCAGCGGUGGGUGUCGAUUGCUGGGCCUGCGAAGACCCUGCCGACACCAAGCAAGCUGGUGGAGAUGAUGGAUGUGAGGGCUACUGGGUGAUCGUGCAGCACCUCGCGCUUGGCUGGGUGUUCGCGUCCAGCGCCAGCUACAUACGCGCCCUGGUGACCUCCAGGCAGCGGCCCUUUGCACGUUGUUCUGUAUUCCAUCAUCCAUAUUAG